GACUUGGGUACGUGUCUUACAGCCAAGCGCCAGCGCAGGACGCCCAGGACGCGCCACCGGUCGCCACCACCGGAGCCCGGGCCUCCGCUAGACUAGAGGGCCCGUGCCCUGCGCCACGGGGCUGUGGGCGGUGGCUGCCCCGAGGGCCGAGACUUGAGCCGACCCCUGCGUGGACCGCGGACCCGCGGGGUCGUGAAGAGCCGAGGCAGAGUCAUGUCGGGACCGGGCCGCCGCUAAGCGGGCCCCUCCGCGUCUGUCUGUCACGGUCCCCGCUGCCCUGUCGCUCCGUGCGCGCGUGUGUGCGUGUGUGUGUGCGCGUGCCCCCCCCCCCCCCCCCCCGCCGGCCCCAAUGUUCUCUGACAACUCCCACUGCCCCGACUGCGGCCAGCAGUGGUUCCCGAGCCUCGAGCUGGGCCACUGGCUGUACCAGACGGAGCUGGUGGAGAACGAGUGUUACCAGGUCUUCCUGGACCGCAUCAACCGGGCCGACUACUGCCCCGAGUGCUACCCCGACAACCCCGCCAACCGGAGCCUUGUCCUGCCCUGGUCCUUCCCCCUCGAGUGGGCGCCCCAGAACCUCACCCGGUGGACCUUCGAGAAGGCCUGCCACCCCUUCCUGCUGGGGCCCCCCCUGGUCAGGAAGCGGAUCCACGACUCGCGGCUGGCCGGGCUCAACCCCGCGCUGCAGCUGGUCCUCACCCGGACGGACAAAACCUUGAACAAAAAGCUGGGCCAGAGCAAGUAGGCGUCUCUCGGACGGGCGCGCCCAUGGAGCCGGCUCGGGGCGGCGGCCCCAGAGGCCGGGGGAGCUGGGGGGACGGUUCCUGGCGGGAGGACUGUCCCCAAGUGGGUCCCCGCCGGGCCGCGCCUCCAGAACCAUUUAGCGUUUUCCCUCCUACAAAAGCCCCGCGACCCGAUUGGCCCACGGCAGGGGUGCCCCGUCUUGAUCAUCUCCUCUGGCCCCUGACUUGCGUGGGGAAGCACCCUUACACUAGCUAGAUUCUAGAUUAUUCCAGCAAAAAGCCGGCGUUGUGGGGCUGGAGAGAUCGGACAGGGGCUAAGGCACUUGCCUGGCACGUGACCAACCCCGGGUCAGCCCCCGGCAGCGCAUAGGGUCCCCCGAGCUCUGCCACGUGUGGCCCAAACCCAUAAGUCCCCAAAUGACGCUUAGAAAUUCUCCCCCUGGGGCUGGAGCAAUAGUACAGGAAGAAGGGUGUUGGCCUGGCAUGUGGCCAACCUAGACUCAGUCCCCAGCACCCCAGAGGGGCCCCAGACCACCACGAGGAGUAACUCCUGAGCAUUGCAGGGCAUGACCCUGAAACCAAAAAAAAGAAAAAAACUCCCCUUUCCUUUGUACGUUAGUGAUAAUGAUACCAUAUAUAAAUGUAUGCAUCAUUUUUUUCCCCCCCAUGUAACGUUUAUCCUUCUCGGCUCUGGCCCGUUCCCAGUGUGGCCGUGGCAUUCUCGCGAGCUGGUCCCCAUCUCAGAAUCCGCACUCUGGCCAUUGGCACCUCAGGGUGCCACCAGAACCGGCGGGAUGGCUGCCACCCCUAUUUCUGGGGCUCCCGACAAGCUCUAGGGGGCACCUUACACCUGCCCCAGAACCCAGAAGGAGACGCAGGGCUAAGGAACAGGAAGUGUUGGCAGCUCCCCGGCCACCAACCCAUUUUCUGUGUCCCCCCCCCCCACUUCCUCCCGGGAUCCAGUUUCCCCACUGACCCCCCCCCCCCCCCCGUGGCUUACGGCUUUCACUGCAGUUCUUUCACGCAAAGCUUGAAGUGGGGGGGGGGGGGCCUUUUCUUUCCUCUCCAUCCUCGGCCCAAGCAUGGGGGGAGAGACCCCCCCCCGAGCACGCCUCCGAUCGCUCCCAGCGUCUCGUUAGAAAGCUCCAAUGCAGGGAGGAAGCUGGCUGACCCGGCAGAGGUGGGGGGCGGGGGGCACUGGCCGGUGUGUCGGCCCACUCGCGCCUGUCCCGGGCCGUGCGUGGCCCCUCCGGCUGCUUGUUCCCCCCCGCGCCCGCCCCGUGUCUCACGCUGUUACAGUUGCUGAAUAAAUGGUGUGCACUGCA